AUGGAGCAGUAUUUGCUGCAGCUACCGAAGCGUCUUGCCCAGGAAGUGCGGUCCGGUAUUGCAAAUGGCGACUCAGCAAACGUAGAUAUGGUGGCAGAAGCGGAUAACAAGCACUUUUCACUGCAGGUAAACGGCAAGAACUACCCAGCAAAGAUCGUGCAAUUGCCGACAAUCUUAGAGACGCACAAGACAUACGAUGACAAUUUUUUUUACAAGAGCGGCGAAAUUGGACAGAUCUUUGUAGUGACAGAUAGAGAAGACGAAAGAAAGAUAUUAGAGUCUCAGGAUGAAGUGCCCAACGGUCUCACGCCUCCAAAUACCAACGUUGUCAAGCGUAAGUAUGAUAAAACAAAGAAAACUACGCCAUUUCCAAAAGUGGAUGUUUCACGGGUGGAAGAAGAUUUGGUCAAGAUCAUCGCUGGUGGUGCCAUCGAAGAUGUGCACGAAGAACUAGUUGACUAUUACGACUGGAUGACGGAUGAGGAGCAUCCAGGUGGAAUCAUUGUGACGGACGAGAUGGAGCUUAUUCGUGAGCAUCCUGAAUACUUGACAUUGUCGGAAGAGCCAUUAACAAAGAAACAGAAAAUAUUACCACCAAGCGCUGAGAAUAGCACAGUGCCUGGUACGGCCAACACUUCGAUCAUGAAUACGCCACUUGCCACAGAUGCAGGCUCCGAGGCCGAGUCUCAAACAGACGGCCGGGCUUCUGUUCAGCGAUCGCCUGCUUUUGCACCGACACCGAGCCCAAGAUUAUCUCCUAUGCAGCUGCACUCGCAAGGUAUUGACAAUGACGAGGACAAGGAGGUCGAUAUGCUGGAAGAUGACAUCCUUGACGGCAUGGAUACGAAACCAGCAUCUCCGCUCCGUGAAAAAGCAUAUUUGACGGAUCCGACCUACCUUAAAUUGCUCCCUAUUCGUGAUCGCUUACAAAAGUCCGUGCGCGAUGCCGAUCGUGACAUUAGUGAGCUAAGUGCCAAGGUUGAUGCCAACUCCAACAUCAUUGUGAAGAAUCGUUUUAAGCAAAUGCUCGAGACUGCUCGAGUGCAGCGUGCCGAGAUUACAACGGAGCUCGACAGGGUUAACGCAGAAAUUUUUGCGUUUGAGUCGAGUUGA